AUGCAGAACUUGAAGGUUCUGCUAUGGUUUUGGUCUUUCCUACUCUCACUUAUAUUAAGAACCUCCACUUCAAUGGACAGUAUAGCCCUGAGUCAGUCCAUCAGUGAUGGAGAGACAUUAAUUUCGCGCGGAGGAACCUUUGAAGUUGGCUUCUUUAAACCAGGAAACUCAAACAGCCAAUACUUCGGCAUCUGGUAUUAUAAUGUGUCCCCUUUAACAGUAGUAUGGGUGGCCAAUAGAGAAAAACCACUCAACAACACAUCUGGAAUUCUAAAAUUCACUGAUCAAGGACUUGUUCUUGUUAAUGGCAGCACCAACAGCACUGUGUGGUCCUCCAACAUGUCAAGAAAAUCAGAGAAUCGGAAUCUAGUUGCACAGAUCUUGGACUCAGGAAACCUUGUUGUUAAAGAUGGACAUGAUGAGAAGCAAAUUCUGUGGCAGAGCUUUGAUUAUCCCAGUGACACAUUCUUGCCAGGAAUGAAGCUUGGAAUGGAUCUUGUGACAGGCCUAGAGAGAUCUGUAUCAUCGUGGAAGAGCACUGAUGAUCCUAGCCGUGGAUACUACGAAGCUAAAAUAGACCGUAGAGGCUAUCCACAAGUAGUUAUAACAAAUGGAACCGUUAUAAUCGUUAGAUUAGGACCAUGGACUGGUCUUACUUUCUCAGGGGCUACACUUUACUUGCGCUAUACUCAACUGUCAAAUGAAUUUGUAUUCAAUGAGAAAGAGAUAUUUUAUGAUCUUUUCAUUGGUUAA